GAGACGACGACCACAGGAGAGAGAAACUCCAGGAAAACGGACACGCAGCUCGCGCACGAUGUAACGGGGACGGCUGCACUUUUUUAUUUAUUUUUUUAUUUGGCGUAAAGAGGAAACUUUAGUCAUGAGGAUAUUCUGGGAUAUUUCACUACUUCAAAUAGGAAAGGCGGAAUUGUCCGGGGGGACGACUUGUUUCACUAUUUAAAGCCACAGUGUAUAUUUAUUUAUAUAUAUAUAUAUAUAUUAUAUAUAUAAAAAGAGACAUUUUUACACGUUGAAGAAUUUAAAGAAAAAUGCGCAGAGACUACGCGCCCGUGCAUUGAGGAGAAGAGGCGUUCAGGGGGAGUCCGCCAAUGCGCAGCGUUUGUCGGCACUUCGAAGCAACUUGUUGAAACUUUCUUUUUUUCCACGAGCUGAAAAACAACUCCAAAAAACAUCAACAACAACAACAACAACAACAACAAUAACAGGUAUCAUCAUGGCAGAGCACGAGAGCCUGGAGUAUGGGAAAGCGGAUUUCGUGCUUCUGGACAACGUGUCUACGGACGAGUUCAUGGCGAACCUAAAACUCAGGUUCGAGAAGGGCCGGAUCUACUCGUACAUCGGGGAGGUGGUCGUGUCCGUCAACCCGUACCGCGCCAUGAACAUCUACGGCCGCGACGUGGUGGAGCAAUAUAAGGGUCGCGAGCUGUACGAGCGGCCGCCACACCUGUUCGCCAUCGCCGACGCCGCCUACAAGGCCAUGAAGAGGAGGAACAAGGACACGUGCAUCGUCAUCUCAGGGGAAAGUGGAGCAGGAAAGACCGAAGCCAGCAAGUACAUCAUGCAAUACAUCGCUGCUAUCACCAACCCCAAUCAGAGGGCCGAGGUCGAAAGGGUGAAAAACAUGCUGCUUAAAUCCAACUGCGUCCUGGAGGCCUUCGGCAACGCCAAGACCAACCGCAACGACAACUCCAGCCGCUUCGGCAAGUACAUGGACAUCAACUUCGACUUCAAGGGAGACCCCAUCGGAGGCCACAUCAGCAACUACCUGCUGGAGAAGUCCAGAGUUAUUUUCCAGCAGGAAGGAGAGCGGAGCUUUCAUUCAUACUACCAGCUGCUCAGAGGAGCUCCGGACUCCCUGCUGCGCUCGCUCCACAUCCAGAAGGACCCGACCGCCUACAACUACAUCAAAGUGGGAGGCCAGGUCAAGUCUUCCAUCAACGACGGCGCCGACUUCAAAGCCGUGGCCGACGCCAUGAAAGUGAUCGGCUUCACCGGGGACGAGAUUCAGACGGUUUACAAGAUCCUGGCCGCCAUCCUCCAUCUGGGCAACCUGGCGUUCGGCGUGGACGGCGACGUGACGCUGAUCCAGAGCACCGAGCUGGUGUCGGUGAUCCGGGAGCUGCUGUCGGCCAAAGAGGAGCACGUGGAGAAGGCGCUGCUCUACCGCACGGUGUCCACGGGCCGCGACGUCAUCGAGAAGGAGCACACGGCGCAGGAGGCCGGCUACGGGCGCGACGCGCUCGCCAAGGCGAUGUACGAGCGCAUGUUCUGCUGGAUCGUGGGACGAAUCAACGACAUCAUCGAGGUGAAAAACUACGACGCCAGAGUCCACGGGAAGAACACGGUCAUCGGCGUGCUCGACAUUUAUGGUUUCGAGAUUUUCCAGAACAACAGCUUCGAACAGUUCUGCAUCAACUACUGCAACGAAAAGCUGCAGCAGCUCUUCAUCCAGCUGGUGCUGAAGCAGGAGCAGGAGGAGUAUCAGCGAGAGGGAAUCCCCUGGAAACAUAUCGAUUACUUCAACAACCAGAUCAUCGUGGACCUGGUGGAGCAGCAGCACAAGGGCAUCUUCUCCGUGCUGGACGAAGCCUGCAUGAACGUGGGCAAAGUCACGGACGAGGUCUUCCUCCAGGGACUCAACGUGAAGCUGGCCAAGCACGCCCACUACACCAGCCGCAAGCUCUCGCCCACGGACAAGACUCUGGAGUUCGACAGAGACUUUCGCAUCAGACACUACGCGGGAGACGUGGUGUACUCAGUGGUGGGUUUCAUUGAUAAGAACAAAGACACUCUGUUCCAGGAUUUCAAGAGGCUGCUGUACAACAGCUCCAACCCGGUACUGAAGGCGAUGUGGCCCGAGGGCAAGCUGAGCAUCACGGAGGUCACCAAACGGCCCCUGACGGCCGCCACGCUCUUCAAGACCUCCAUGAUCUCCUUGGUGGAGAACUUGGCGUGCAAGGAGCCCUACUACGUCCGCUGCAUCAAGCCCAACGACGUCAAGUCCCCCCUGCUGUUCGAGCAGGAGCGCUGCCGCCACCAGGUGGGCUACCUCGGGCUGCUGGAGAACGUCAGGGUGCGGCGCGCCGGCUUCGCCUACAGGCAGACCUACCCCCGCUUCCUGCAGAGGUACAAGAUGAUCUCCGAGUUCACGUGGCCGAACCACGACCUGCCGUCGGACACGGAGGCCGUGAAGCGGCUCCUGCAGGGCUGCGGGUUCGACCACGACGUGGCCUACGGCAAGACCAAGGUCUUCAUCCGCACGCCGCGCACGCUCUUCAGCCUGGAGGAGCAGCGGGUGGACAUGGUCCAGAGGAUCGUCCUCUUCCUCCAGAAGGUGUGGCGGGGCACCAUCGCCAGGAUGCGAUACCGCCGCAUGAGGGCGGCCCUCGUCAUCCUGCGCGCCUACCGCCGCUACAAGGUCAGGUCCUACGUCCGCGAGGUCAACCGGCGCUUCAAAAACAUCCGCUCCAUGAAGGACCACGGCCGGCACGUGAAGUGGCCGACGCCCCCCAAAGUCCUGCGCAAGUUCGAAGAGGCCCUGAGGAGCAUCUACAGCAGGUGGUGGGCAUGGACGCUGAUCAAAGGCCUCUCUGCAGAGGAGGCCCUGCAGGUGAGGGCCAAGGUGGCCAGCCUGGAGGCCCUGAAGGGCCAGAGGGUCGACUUGGGGCUGCAGAGAGCCUGGGAAGGAAACUACCUGAAGCGCGACAGCCCCGACGCGGCCUCGUCCUUCACGCUGGUCUCCAGCGAGCUGCAGCGAAAAGACAAAUUCAUGAGGAUUUUGUUCUCCGGCAACGUUCGCAAGAUCAACCGCUUCCACAAGGCGGAGGACCGGGCCGUGCUCAUCACCGACCGCCACCUGUACAAGAUGGACCCCCUGAAGCAGUACAAGCUUAUGAAGAGCAUCCCCCUCUACAACGUAGGGAGCGCUCCAUUCGCAUUUUACUUAUUGGGAAGGAGAGCGCCCCAAAACCCUGUUUGAGUUUUAAAUGUCUAUAAAUGUGCAGUAGAGUACUAUUUGUUUCUUUUGAAAUGUUUUAGAUUAGAGGGAAGCUGCUUUAACAAAAUGAUAUUAAUUUAAAUAUGUAUAUACGGAUUAGAGU